AUGUGCAAGGAAACCUGCUGUGUUGAAUCGGUAGCAAUUUCAUUGGAGCAAGAUGAACAUCAAAUCAUCCAACAACGUGAUGGUGUUGAUUUGGCAGAUCUAGUGCUACCACACAGAAGGCUGAAACCAGAGCACCUGAAAUACCAUGGUCAAACAUUGCAUCCGGCCAUGCUUCCUUGCUUGGUGCCAGGGACCAUAAUCACCUUGGAAAAUCACAGGAAACAGACAAUCUACUUUUGGCACAAGCUUCGACAGCACAUACAAGUGCCCUACAUACUUUUGACAACAGGGUCUGAUAAUGACUCACCUGAAUGCUACGAACAAUACAUUGCAGACCCGCUGUUGAUUCGGUGGUAUGGAACCAACCCCAUCAACAGAUCACAUCCUCUGUUCCAACAGAAUCUUCACAAAUUCAAAUCACUCAACCUUGGCCUAUCAUUCCAGCGCCCACAAGAGAGGCAUCUGCUUCCAUAUUUACAGCUCAACAACUUCACUAAUCCUUUCCUGAAUAAGAGAAAAUGGGAUUUCUCCAGGAAGGAUUUCAGCUUCAAAGACGAUAUGUUUGUUCAGUUUGGACUUCAUACACCACACAGAAAGCAGCUUUGGAACUUGCUGUGCCCAAACACGACCACGACAAGUAGCUCCUGCAAUACCAACACUGUUAGUCUCGAAGUUCACCAAUUGUAUUCUGACAUGAGUCAAUAUCGAUUCGGCAUCAGCCCCCCAGGGCAUGGGUAUGACUGCUACCGUACAUAUGAGAUGCUGUUGCUGGGUGUCAUCCCAAUCGUGGAGAAAUCUUCGACCAAGGACCUAUUUGAGGAUCUGCCUGUGAUUCAAAUGGAAGACUUGGCCAGUGUGUCCAGUAGGCAAGACUUUGUGGAUGCCAUUCAGAACUACAUUGCAAGCGAUGCAUUUCAGAAUGCAAACUUCCAAAGAGGCUGGGAGCGGUUGUUUUUGAAGUCCAGGCGACAAGAAUUGCUGCAGGUUAGUCAGAGAGAAAAAGAGGUGCUUGUGGACCAGCAUGGCAUGCGGUAUUACCAAGCCUACCAAUACACUGUACUUGGCAACAAUCACGGGCAUCUUCAGCAACUUGAAGACUGUGAAUAUGGUUGCAAUGUUGAGGAUGAAGAUGCAAUCACAGAUUGGGUUGAUACACCCUUGCCAAAACUGACAGAGGAUGAAAUCAAUUGGCUGCAAGAUUGGGAGCGAAGCAGCCAGCUUCCGCAGUUCCAGUUUCUUCAAUCCAUGUACUGA